AUGGAUGGUGUAUUAGAAGAAGGUGCCUUAAUGUUCCACGCAGCCAGUGAAACAACAGCGCUUGCACUAUGCUCAGCCUUAGUCAUGUUAGGGAUGCAUCACGAAAUUCAGGAAAAACUCUUUGAAGAAAUAUCGUCAGUACUUACUGACAAUACUCACAACGUUACACUGCAACACAUCAAUCAAAUGAAAUACUUAGAACGCGUGAUUAAAGAAACACUCCGAUUUUUUCCAACAAUUCCUUUUAUUCUGAGACAAGUAAACACAGAAGUCAAAUUAGGUUCUUAUUUUGUACCAGCUGGUUGUGACAUUCUAAUUCCCCUUGCCCAACUUCAUCGCUGGCCUGAUCUAUGGCCGAAUCCUUCAAAGUUUGAUCCUGAUAGAUUCUUGCCUGAAGAAAUCAAAAAUCGUCCUCGGGGUGCUUACCUUCCUUUUAGUACUGGUCCCAGGAAUUGCAUAGGUUGGAAAUAUGCUAUGCUGUCUAUGAAGGUUUUCUUGGCUGUCAUUUUGAAGCGUUUUAAAAUAGCAGAGUCCAUUGAUUACAAAAGAAUAGAGGACAUAGAUAUGGACAUGUAUUUAAUGGGGGUGGCUAAAAAAGGAUACAGGAUUAGACUUGAAGACAGAAAUUAA